AUGCCGGCCCUGGGAUCCGCCGCGCUUGUCGUUGACGAGCCUCGCUCCGCCUCGGCCAUCGUCGGUGGCGAGUUCAUAGGGCACCACCUUCUCCACAUCGACGGCUACUCGCGCAUCAAGAAUGAGCUCCCCACCGGCAAAUCAAUCCAGUCACGCACGUUCAUUGCGGGGGGUCGCCGCUGGUGCAUCCACUAUUACCCCAACGGCACUAGGUCUGAGGACGCUGAUUUCAUAUCCGUCUUUCUCAGCCUCGACGAGAGUGCCGGCGGGCCCGUGAAGGCGCGAGCCAAAUUCGAAUUGCUCGAUCGGGCCGGGAACCCGCUGCAAUUGGAAUCCCAUGCCACAGACCUACGCGUGUUCUCUCCAGGUGGCUCAGGCUACGGCUUCAAUGAUUUCAUUAAAAGGGAGUUCUUGGAGAAGUCGGAGCACCUCUUGAACGACUGCUUCAGGAUCAGCUGCGACGUCAUUAUUCCCAAGGAGCUCCACACGGAGGACAGGAUUGUCUCGCUCCUAGACGUAGUACCACCACCUGACCUGAAUCAGCAUCUUGCUGAUCUACUCAAGUCCAAAGAGGGCGCCGACGUUACUUUCCAAGUUGCCGGCGAGUCAUUCAGCGUUCACAGGUUUCUGCUUGCGGCCCGGUCGCGAGUCUUCAAAGCAGAGCUGUGGGGUGCCAUGAAGGAGAGCACGGCCACAGGGGACUGCAUCCGGAUUGAUGACAUGUUACCUCAGGUGUUCAAGGCCCUGCUCCAUUUCAUCUACACUGACUCGCUGCCACAGAUGGAGGAACAAGAGGAGGCCGCGAUGGCCCAGCAUCUGCUGGAAGCGGCGGACAGGUAUGACAUGCAGAGGCUCAAGCUGAUUUGUGAGGAGAAGCUAUACAGGCACCUAGACGUCGGCACGGCCGCAACCACGUUGGUGUUGGCUGAACAGCACUCCUGCCGUGGUCUCAAGCAGGCUUGCAUUGAGUUUCUCAAAUCUCCUGAUGCACUGGAAGCAGUCAUGGAAACUGAUGGCUUUGAGCAUCUGACUAAAAGCUGCCCUGUUCUCGUGAAGGAGUUGAUGUCCGAGCUUUACCUGUUCAAGCAAUGCAAGAGAAGGAAAUUGAAGACAUGA